AUGGCACAGAUGUUGAGCUUCAUCCUUGUAGCUGCGAGCAAUAACGUCUCCUUCGCCCUCUUCGGAGUUGUCGUGGCAAGCUGGGGAUCUGGCUUAGGAGAGAUAUCCUACUUGGCUUUGGCAUCGUAUUUUGACUCCCAAGUUGUUUCGAUGUGGUCAUCAGGCACGGGUGGUGCAGGAAUCGUUGGCGCAGUGACUUACGCUGUUCUUACUGACCCGCUAAUGCUACAUUUAUCACCUAAUACGGCGUUGUACAGCAUGCUUAUUAUACCUCUAAUUUUUGCAUAUACGUGA